GCUCAGUCUCAAGCAAAAGCCAUCUCCCACUGCCAUGGAGCUCUCGUCCACCUCAACCUCGCUCUUCAUCCUCCUCCUCUGUUUCUUGCCUCUCCUCUACUUUCUCUACGUGCACCAGGACCCCAGGAAGCGGCCUCGCGCCCAUGGCCUCAAGUCAUACCCCGUCGUUGGCACGCUGCCUCACCUCAUCAAGAACAAGGACCGCUUCCUCGAGUGGUCGACCGGCGUCCUGAAGCGCAGCCCCACGCACACCAUGUCGUUCAAGGCGCUUGGCCUCACCGGCAGCGCCAUCACCGCCAGCCCGGCGAACGUCGAACACGUGCUGAAGACCAACUUUGGUAACUACGUCAAGGGUGAGACCGGCAUCCGUAUGCUCGAGGACUUCCUUGGCCACGGGAUCUUCAACUCCAACGGCGAGCAGUGGCUGUGGCAACGGAAGGCCGCCAGCUACGAGUUCAACGACCGCUCGCUCAGGAACUUCGUGCUGGACACCGUCCAGUUCGAGGUCGUCGAGAGGCUGCUGCCGCUGCUGGAGCGUGCGGGGCGCGACGGCCGGACGCUGGACGUGCAGGACGUACUCGAGCGCUUUGCGUUCGACAAGAUCUGCCGCGUGGUGUUCGACGAGGACCCGGCGUGCCUCGCCGUCGCCGAGCAGAGCACGGGCACACCCCAGAGCGCGGAGUUCGCGCGAGCGUUCAACGACGCGCAGAAGGUCAUCAUGUCCCGGUUCUUUACGCCGGUGAAGUCGCUGUGGCGCGUCAAGAGGCUGUUCAACAUGGAACCGGAGAGACGGAUGCGGGAGGCGCUCGCCACGAUCCACGGCCACACCGAGCGGAUCAUCCGGGAGCGCAGGGAGAGAUGGGAGCGCGGGCUGGCGCGCGGGGACGAUUUCCUGUCGCGCUUCGCCGCGGGCGACAGGCACAGCGACGAGAGCCUCCGCGACGUGGUCACCAACUUCCUCCUCGCCGGGCGCGAGACGACGGCGUCGGCGCUGACCUGGUUUUUCUGGCUGGUAUCCGGACGUCCCGACGUGGAGGGAAAGAUAGCUCGCGAGGUCCGCGCGGUGCGGCGUGCGUCGUCGAGCGACGGCGGCAAGAGCGGGCCGGCGUUCAGCCUCCACGAGCUGCGCGGCAUGCACUACCUGCACGCGGCCAUCACCGAGUCCAUGCGGCUGUACCCGCCGGUGUCCAUGGACACGUACAGCUGCAAGGAGGACGACUUCCUCCCGGACGGCACGUUCGUCGGGAAAGGAUGGCAGGUGACGUACUCCGCGUACGCCAUGGGGCGGGUGGAGGACAACUGGGGCUUGGACUGCGAGGAGUUCAGGCCGGAGCGGUGGCUGGACGAGGCGGGCGUGUUCCGGCCGGAGAGCCCGUUCAAGUACACGGUGUUCCACGCGGGGCCCAGGAUGUGCCUCGGCAAGGAGAUAGCCUACGUACAGAUGAAGUCCAUCGUGGCGUGCGUGUUCGAGAGGUUCAGCCUCCGUUACACCGGCGGCGAGGGGCACCCGGGGCUCGUCGUCUCGCUGGCGCUGCGCAUGGAGGGUGGCUUGCCGAUGCAAGUUGCCAUCAGGGGGCAAGAAGAAGCAGCAUCCUGCUAGUCCGGCUGUUCCCGAUGACUUUUCCGCUGAUACUUUUUGGCGGGUCGUUGUCGGUUGAUACGAGAAAUAAUGCAUACCGAAAACAAAUUAACU